GGAAAGAGAGGGAGUGUUCGUCUGAGAUAGCGAGAAAAAAGUAUGAUAGCGCAGCUUGCAUAGGGUGUUCACUGCAUGUCGUUAUGCCUGUGCGUGCACCGAUAAAACAGAGUAAAACUGUGAUAGAGAAACGAGGCUUCUUGUGAAAGGUAGAAAUAUAUCGCAGAACGGAGAGAGAGAGAGACGGAAACAGAAAGAGAAAGAACAAGCAAAUAGAGGGGAAGAGUGAUUGAUACACAGGAACAGCUGCCAGAAACCGUUGGGAACUAGCCUGCACUCGUCCAUAAGAGAACAGUCUCUAUCUAUCAUGGGCAAAUCAGCCUCUAAGCUCUUUAGGGAGGAGGUGUUGAAGACUCAUAAUGAGUACAGAAAGAAACACCAGGCCCCGCCUUUGAAACUCAGCAGCAAACUCUGUGGAGAGGCAACACGUUAUGCAGAAAGUCUUGCUAGCACCAGAAUCCUGAAGCACAGUGUUGAGUCCAGCAGAGGGAGCUGUGGAGAAAAUCUAGCCUGGGCGUCUUAUGACCAAUCAGCAAAGGAUGUGUCAGAUCGUUGGUACAAUGAGGUGAACCAAUACAAUUUUAACCAUCCUGGAUUUUCAUCCGGCACAGGUCACUUCACGGCAAUGGUGUGGAAGAGCUCUAAAAAACUUGGUGUGGGGAAAGCCGUAGCCUCCGACGGCUCCACCUUCGUGGUGGCUCGAUACUUUCCAGCUGGAAACAUCACGAAUGAGGGACACUUCCAGGCCAACGUCCUCCCACCUAAGAGCUGAUCCUAGAACAGUCAGACACAGUG